ACUGGCACCCUCACCACCCAACACCAAGACAUGCGCCAGUCCGUAGCCCCAAACCGCAUGUCCCAUGCAGCUUCACUGGCAUCACACGCCAAUAAUACCGCUGCGAUGGCGAGAUUACAAGAGAAAAAGAAAGAAUUCGAGGCAGUGGCAGCUCUUGAACGAGCGAGCGCGCUAUUUGUAAAGCGUGUCGAAGGGCUCGGUGAGGAUUGCGAGGUUAUGGCAGAUGCAGGAUUAGUUCAUGGCCAAGUGCUCGAGCAGUGGCCAAAUAUGUUUCGAAUACUGAGCUUGUUCCUGGCCAAUCGCGAACAGCAAAAUGAUGGCGCAGAAGAGCCCUCAACAACUUCGUCUGGACCUGGUGAACGUCUUGUACGGCUUCCAGUGGAUGAGUUACAGGUCGACCUACAAAAGUAAAACCCAUGUAGUUAAGUAGUAUCACACAAUAGUUAGCAUCCAGGUGUGCAUCACUGUUUGAAGUAUGUAAUGUAGGGUAUAUGUAUAACACGAUUCGCUCCGACUGUGUUCUUUGCUCCUUCCCGCGUUUGGAAAGUGAAGUGGAAGCUUUGAAAGGUUGCGUAGAGGGAAAAAAGGAUGGUCGAGAUGGAGCGAGCUAUCGGUAGUAGUAGAUAUCCUUUUACGGACAUGAAGGUGCUUAUCUAGUA